AUGAUUACUAACACAGCAUUGCUGAUAUCACUCGUUUUCUCCUGUUUUUCUCCCAUUCUCCUGUCUCCAAUAGUUGAUAGAGCCAACCACACUGAUCCAGAAUCUAAGCUUGACAAAGAGCCUCAAAAACCUGAGAUUCAAGUAAUAACCGGAUGUGGAUUGGUGACUGGAAAUGUUUCCAAAACCAGUUCAGGCUCGAAUAUCUAUGAGUUUUUCAAUGUACCGUACUCUUCACCACCGACCGGGCAUCUCAGAUUCGAGCCACCUUUGGUUAACAAUAAAAAUAACCCUUGGUCGAAUGUUGUGGAUGCCUCAAAAGAAAGAACCAUUCAGUGUGUGCAAAUGACAUGGACGCCAGGAUCUGACGGUAUAGGAACUGAAGACUGCCUUUACUUAACGAUCAGAAGUCUGGAUAUAAGAGCCUCUAAACCUGUUAUAGUUUGGCUACACGGGGGAGGUCUGGUUGGAGGGUACUGUUGCAGACCUGGGUACAGUUUUGAUGCAGAGUUGACAGAGUCGCUUGAUGCAGUUACCGUCAAUAUCAACUACAGGUUAGGAUUCUUAGGCUUUCAUUCCAUUGAAGAACUGUGGAACAACACAAGUGGGACCUACGCAAAUAACGGAAUCAGAGACAUGGUUGCGUCACUGCAAUGGAUACAAGACAAUAUAGCGUCGUUUGGAGGUGAUCCAACCAGAGUAACAUUGCUCGGUCACAGUGGGGGAGCUACAGCAGCAUUAGCACUGUCCUCGUCACCACUAGCUGUUAACUUGUUUCAUCGGGCAGUCGUGCUAGCUCCUGCCGCCGAGUUUAGGUUCGAUCACGUUGAAGGGAGUAUACUACAGAAGGAGACAACUGAAGUACUCGAUGUCACUGGUUGUCGUUAUUCUGAUGAUAAAAAGAAAUGCUUGCAACAAGUUGACGCUAAAUGGUUUACUUCUUACAUAAAUGAAAAUGUCAAUCCAUCAGGAAAGUUAAAAGAUCUUGCGAAAAACAUGGGGGUUGGAUAUUUUGACUUCCCUAAACGGUACGGUGAUUACGCUGAGUACCUCGGUUUGAUAAUGGUUGAUCCUAACGUAGUUACUCAAGCUCCAAAAGACUUAUCCACUGCUAAUUACCUAAAAGAUAUCGAUUCAAAAAUAAAAGUUAUAAUUGGAAACUCGAUACAUGACGCAGUAUUAUACCCUUCCAACUGGAACUUCAACAUCUACUCCAACAUGGACAGUGUUACUAAUGUGAUCAGGGGGUUGUCUGGAACUCUGUUCAACAUGACAGGUGAUGAAAUAUCUGGUGUGUUGCAGACUUACAAGGGGCUUUCUCCUCAGCAUCUUUGGGACACUAUAACAUCUGAUAUGAGGGUUACAUGUCCUUUGAAUAGCAUAGCUGAGAGUAUGAGUGAAAGUAGCCAUCAUGAAAUCUAUAGAAUGUUCACUAAAUUUGGGUUAACACCCGACUUCCAAGUUUACCACGGCUGGGAGGUGGAGGCCUUGUUUGGAUAUAAAGUCCGGAAGAGUAUGGGAGUUGCUAUCCCGGCAAGCUCCACAGCGUGGAAGUUUAGGAAAGUCUUAGUGGGUGUUUUAAAACAUUUUGCAGAUGAUGGAGUAGUAGAUGAUGGGUGGAAACAGUUUCCAGCCAACUCGAUGGUGAUUGAUGACUCUGAAGAGAUGAAGACUUUUGUGGAUGUUCAACCAAGUAAUGAACGUUGUAUUAAACUCAAAGAGAGCAACCUUGAUCAAUAUGGUUGGCAGAACUAAUGAAUGUAGCAUCUUAUCAUGUUUCCGAUCAAUGAUCGUUAUCUUCUGUAUAUUUAACCGAACGUUCGAGGUUUUUUACUUUCAGUUUGUCAUAAUAUUUGAAUUUUCGUUGUAAUGUUUUGUGAGAGCAAGAUUCCUAAUUAAAGUAAAUUCUUCUAGGGCUGUUCUUUAGAAUAACAGGGUUUAGACGGACACCUAAGAAUCUGUCAAUUUUACUGCUACUUACUGUCAUGUGAAUUGUGAACCCUACCCAGGUUCUUGGUUGUCCGGCUGUUAGCAGUUAGGAGGGUUAGAAUAUGGAUCACAUCACAAAUUAUACGUCACUAGGGUUGCUGUUUAGAAUAGCAGGGGGUUUUAAUAGGAUAUUCUUAAAAAACUGAAGUACACUUGGAGAAUACAUUAACAACCAUAUUUAUUCUACUGUUUGUAAUUUGUAUAGAUGACUUGUCAAGUAUGUCAGACAUUUUUAAUUCUCUUGAUUUGUAUGGAUUUACGUUGUUGUCUGUGAUAGUUUGCAUUA